GCGUAAUGCACCAGAUGUUCCUGAACACACAUUAACCUCGUCUCCGCAGAGCAAAUUUUGUUGUUUUCUUGGUGAGAGAGAGAGCAAACUGUGCACGGGGAGGGAGCCAGGGAGCUACAGGGAACCAGGACGCCGCUGUGUUGUUAUGCCAAAACACUCAGCUGCGGCUUGUCAUACCCAAGUGUGUAUGACAGCCUGUGUGGUGACAUGGUGGUGUCUGUGGCUGACUGUGGCAGGCAUGGAGGUCUGGGGAGGAGGAGAGGAUGGGGAAAGAGGAGGAAGAGAGGAGAGGUCCCUUCAGCAAAUCCCCUUAGGAACCUCAGGAUUUCCCUUACCUGUGGAUAUUGACCCCAUUCCUUCAGGCCCCAGAGAACAGAUCAACCAAGUGACAUCCUUCAUUGAUGGGUCGGUGAUCUACGGGUCCAGCAAGGAGGAGAGUGACGAGCUGCGUGCCUUCUCUGGCGGCCUCCUCAAGGUGCAGCGCGGCCCGGCAAACACCCAGAUCCUCAUGGCCGACACCAACCAGAUUGACUGCAAGACCUCAGGAAGAUUCAAAGCCAGGUCACGCAAGACUCGGGCAGCAGACGGCCAGCUCAAAGACAUCGAGUCAGGUUCCCCAAACAACGUACUGGAUUUGAUGGAGGUUCUGCCUAACACUGACGUCAGCGAUAUCACGGAAAUUCCUAGCGUGUUUGAGCGUGACGACCAGACACUGCCCUGCGACCACACUUUGCGUUUCCGCACAGCUACAGGGUGGUGCAAUAAUCUUAACUUCCCGUCCUUCGGCAAGUCGUUCAGGGCAAAAAGUCGACUCCUACGUCCUUCUUAUGAAAACGGAUCAGUAAUCAGGACAGGACAAGAAAUAAAGAACUGA